AUGUCUUUCCAAGAAACCUUGCAAUUUUCGAGCACGGAACGGUCCAUAUUACUAAGCUUGAAGCAGCACUGGAGCAAUUCGGAGUUCCUCCGGUCAUGGGAUUUGAAUUCUUCAGCAUGCAAUUGGUCAGGAGUUUCAUGCAUCAAUGACAGAGUGACAGAGCUAAAUCUUGGAGAAAAGAACAUUACUGGAACAAUUCCAUCAAGAAUAUGUCAGCUCAAGAACCUUACCUUGAUUGAUCUCUUUAACAACAACAUAUCAGGAACUAUACCAGUAAGCCUGAAAGAUUGUUUAAAGCUACAACAUUUGGACUUGUCCCAUAAUUCUUUGAGAGAUAGGAUUCCAGAUGAGUUGUUCGGGAUGAAACAAUUACUCAAUUUAUAUCUUAAUGGUAACAUGUUGUCUGGUGAGAUGCCAAAACAAAUACAAGCAUACCAACUGCAAAAUCUUAAUCUCUCUGAGAACUACCUGAAUGGUUCGAUACCAGAAGAUAUUAGGAACUUGAAAAAUCUUGAGAAACUGGACCUGUCACAUAAUUCUCUAAGUGGUUCAAUUACAAGCAAGCUGUUCCAAUUGCACCAAUUGCGUCACUUGUUGCUAAGUUACAAUUACUUAUCCGGUGUAAUACCUAAUGCAAUGGACGUGUUUAGUUUGUAUGAUAUGGAUCUUUCUCAUAACCAAUUGACUGGUUCUAUACCAAAGGGACUUGGAGAUUUACCUGGAUUGGAUGCUUUGGAUUUGUCGUAUAAUCAGUUAUCAGGAGACAUUUCAGAAAGUACAGAACAUCUUGGACUAGAACUACUUUAA